AUGACUGUGGGCAAUCACGACGUAAGUACAACUUCAAAACCAACAUCUACAGCAACGAUCUGUUCUUCAAACCCCUGUAAAAACGGCGGAAAAUGCAAGGAGGCUGAUGAUAAAAGAAGCCAAUGGAGUAAAGGCAGCUUGAUCCCGGGGCUGAUCGUCGCUUUCAUUAAACCGAAGGGGAAUGCGACUUCCGCAGAGAACACUGGUUAUACGUGUGAAUGUCCUUCUGGCUUUCAUGGCAGCAACUGUGAAAAGAGACAGUGCUAUACAUCCCCAUGUCAAAAUGGCGGUAAAUGUACAAACACUGCGGAUGGAUAUGAAUGUUCUUGCCCAGCUGGGUUCACCGGUGUCCAAUGUGAAACAAAUAUAGACGAAUGUGCCUCCCAGCCUUGCAAAAAUGGUACCGUCUGCAAAGAUAAAAUCAAUGGAUUCGUUUGUGAAUGCAUAACGGGAUUUUCGGGUUUAACUUGCAGUUUGAAUGUAAAUGAAUGUUCCUCGAACCCAUGUCCCAAAGGAAUUUGCAUAGAUGCAGUAAAUGGAUACACGUGCAUCUGUCCGGCAGGUUUCACUGGCAAACGUUGUGAAACAAACAUCGACGAGUGUGCCUCUGGUCCUUGCAAAAAUGGAGGUGGAUGUGUCGACAGAGUCAAUGGAUUCAUAUGCACCUGCCCAGCUGGUUUUACCGGUGUCCACUGUGAAACAAAUAUAGAUGAAUGUGCCUCUCACCCUUGCAAGAAUGGUGCAACAUGUAUUGAUGGUGUGAAUGGAUUUACAUGUUCAUGCAAAACUGGAAUUCAUGGACGUACAUGUGACACUAAUAUCGACGAAUGUUCCUCUAACCCUUGCAUGAAUGGUGCAACGUGUAUUGAUGGUGUGAAUGGAUUUACAUGUGGAUGCAAACCUGGAUUUGCCGGCCUUAUCUGUGAAACUAACGUUGAUGAGUGCAAAUCAAACCCUUGCCAAAAUGGCGGCAGUUGCAAAGAUGCAAUCAAUAGAUACAUCUGCAAUUGCCCGUCCGGUUUUACUGGAUCAAACUGCGAGACUGAUAUCUAUGAGUGUGCCUCUAAUCCGUGUAAGAAUGGUCUUUGUUUCGAUGGUAUAAACAGUUUCACUUGUAUGUGUGUCUCUGGUUUAGCUGGUCCAACAUGCGAAAUCAACAUAAACGAAUGUGCCUCCAACCCUUGUAAGAACGGCGCAACUUGCACCGACGAUAUUGGCAGGUACAAAUGCAAUUGUUUAGCGGGAUAUAUUGGUUUGCAUUGUGAAACCAAUGUCGAUGAAUGUUCAUCUAAUCCAUGUGGUAGCGGGGGUACCUGUCUGGAUGGUGCAAACGGGUACACGUGCAACUGCCCAGUUGGUUAUACAGGGACUAACUGUCAGACAAACGUCGAUCAAUGUGCGUCUAACCCCUGCAGCAAAGGACUGUGUCUCGACGGAAUGGAUAGUUUUACUUGUCUCUGUCAGGCUGGAUAUACGGGGCCAACCUGCCUGAUAGACAUUAAUGAAUGUUCCUCCAACCCGUGCUUAAAUGAUGGUACAUGCGUGGAUAAGGUGGACGGAUACGCCUGUAUUUGUCCUGUUGGUUACAGUGGAGAUACGUGUGGAGUAUUACUAACUACCAGUACCACCACGACUCUGCCCACCACGACGGUUACAAAGGCGACAAAAGAUCCUUGUUUUCCGAACCCAUGCCCAGAAAAAGAACCAGGACAACCAGUGAUGUGUCAACCUUUUAACGGGGGCUAUAGAUGCAUUCGACCCAAUGGAAGUACAUCUACAACAACACCAUGUUCUUUAAAUCCCUGCAAAAACGGCGCACAAUGCAAGGAGACUGAUUAUGGCGCUACCGGUACAUUUAAAAAACAGCUUGGUGACUUCCAAUGUAUAUGUCCUCCAUUUCACUCUGGCAAGUAUUGUGAGAACCUAAUCGAAUUCUGUCAGCCCAACCCAUGUCAGCAUGGGUCCACUUGCGAACAGAAGCUUGGGGGAUACAACUGCACCUGUCCGGCCACCCACACAGGAACCCACUGCCAAACCCGUGUAGACCCUUGCGCCAGUUCUCCCUGUCUUCACGGCGGACGCUGUACCACACGACUCGAUGGAACAUUCCAGUGCACGUGCCCAAAAUUGUGGACCGGGGCCCACUGUGAGCGAUGCCUGUGUCAGAACGGUGGUAGAUGUGACUACAGUCCCAGUGACGGUCAUGUGUGUCGCUGCAAGGCGGGGUUCAUCGGGAUGAAGUGUGAGAAUGAAGUUAACGAAUGCGACAGCUGGCCAUGCUGGUAUGGGAUAUGUAUUGAUUUGGUUAACGGUUAUAAAUGUGACUGUGACCCUGGCUACGCAGGUAAAAACUGCGACGUCAGGUCUGAUUGA